AUGGAUAGCUCAGUGCUCGUCCCAGCAGGAGCCCGAACACAAGCUGGGCUGGGCAGCUGCGCAGGAGAGGAGGAGCCCAGCCCCGGGCUCAAUGUGGGUGACAAGUCCCUGGGGAACUCGGUGUACUCGGAGAUUGCCAAGAAAGGUCACAGCACGGACAUCUUGCUGGAGAUUGCAGGGCGGGGGGCGGGCGGCGGCGGCGGGCGCUGCGCUCGCUGGGCAGCCUGGCCGGGCGGCUGCUCCGCACCUGGGCGCGCCUGGCCGGGGGCCGCGGGAGGCGCCGCGCCGCCCCGGAGGACGACGAGGGGGGGUUCCGGGGCGGGGGGGGGCGGCGGCGGGGAGCGGCGGCGGCGGCGGCCCGGCGGGGCGGCCCCGGGGGGCGGCGGGGAGCGGCCGCCGGGCGCGCAGGGGCUGCGGAACCACGGCAACACCUGCUUCAUGAACGCGGUGGUGCAGUGCCUGAGCAACACGGCGCCGCUGGCCGAGUUCCUGGCGCUGGGCCGGUACCGCGCCCGCGGGGCGCGCGCCGAGGUCACCCACCGCCUGGCCGCGCUCGUCCGCGCCCUCUGGACCCGCGACUACACGCCGCAGCUCUCCGCCGAGUUCAAGAACAUCGUCUCCAAGCACAGCUCUCAGUUUCGGGGCAACGCGCAGCACGAUGCCCUCGAGUUCCUGCUCUGGCUGCUGGACCGCAUGCACGAGGACCUGGGUGCCGCCUCCCCUGCCCUGCAGGCCCGUGUCCCCGAGGAGCCCGGCGAGGACGGGGGCAGCGAUGCCGGCAGCCCCUCGCCAGCCGCCCAGCAUCCCGGUGGGCAGAGCUUCGUGCAGAGCCACUUCCAGGCCCAGUACAGGUCCUCCCUGACGUGCCCUCACUGCCUGAAGCAGAGCAACACCUUCGACCCCUUCCUGUGCAUCUCCCUGCCCAUCCCGCUGCGCCAGACCAGGGCUCUCAACGUCACUCUGGUGCUGCAAUGUGAGCGCUGGCGGUUCGUGCGGGUGGGCUUGGCUGUACCCUUGCUCGGCACUGUGGCCCAGCUGCGGGAGAUGGUGGCACGGGAGGGCUGCAUCCCCCCGGAGCAGGUGAUCCUGGCCGAGGUGUCCCCGCGGGGCUUCCUGCGCUCCCUGGGUGACACAGAGGAGCUGGGUGCUGCGGGGCAGGGGGCGCCCCUGUACGCCUUCCAGCCGCCCCCUGCCCGCCGCGCAGGGUGCCCCCGCAGCCUGCCCGCCUCCCCCGGGACCCCCCAGCCCGAGGGGCAGCGCCUGGCGCCCGCGGCCGCCCGCUCCUCCGACUGCCUGCACCGCGGGGCGGCCGGCCGCAUCCUGCUGCUGCUCUGCAACACGGCGGGCACCGGCCCCCAGCUCGCCAGGUUUGGGCCACCGCUGGUGCUGCGGGAGGAGCGGGGUGUCUCUUGGGAGCAGCUCCAGCACAGCAUCCUGGCUCAGCUGCGGGCCCUGCUGCGGGGGGAGCUGCGGGCACAGGGCACGGGAGCCCUCUUCCGCAUCCGCCUGGCCGGGGGCUCGCCCCCCUGCGCCUACCUGUCCCCGCAGGACCCCCGCCCUCUCUGCCACCCUGCCGUCGACAGAGCCCUGCAGCUGAGCGGGGCAGGUGGCCCUCCCCACGUGAAGCUGACAGUGGAGUGGGACAUGAGCACCAAAGAGCGCCUUUUCGGCAACAUCCAGGAGGAGGUGGUGCAGGACGCCGAGAGCGUGCGGCUGCAGCAGCAAGCGCACCGGCAGCAGCACAGCUGCACGCUGGAUGAGUGCUUCCAGCUCUACACCAAGGAGGAGCAGCUGGCCCCGGAUGAUGCCUGGCGCUGCCCGCACUGCAAGGUGCCCCAGCAGGGCACGGUGAAGCUGAGCCUCUGGACGUUGCCUGACAUCCUCAUCAUCCACCUCAAGCGCUUUCGCCAGGUGGCUGAGCACCGGCACAAACUCACCACACUGGUGAGGUUCCCCCUGCGGGGUCUCGACAUGGCCCCCCAUGUGGCACAGCGGGGCCAGGCCAGUGGGCAGCUGUUGGGGCGCUGGGCGCCCUGGCAGCCCCCCCUCUGCCUGCCCCCGAGCUGCCCCCGCGACUACCUCUACGACCUGUACGCCGUCUGCAACCACCACGGCAGCAUGCAGGGCGGCCACUACACUGCCUACUGCUGCAACGCCCUGGAUGGGCAGUGGUACAGCUACGACGACAGCAGGGUGGAGGGGGUGCAGGAGGCGGAGGUGAGCACCCGCAGCGCCUACAUCCUCUUCUACCAGCGCCGCAACGCCGUGCCCGCGUGGUCAGCCGGCAGCUCCGUCAGGGGCUCCACUGCCUCCUCGCUCUCGGAUCACUGGCUGGCCCGCCUGGGUGGCAGCACGCGGGCCACCACGGCUCCGUGUCCCCCAGCCACCCCGCCGUCCCCACCUGGCACCCCCGAUGCCCCGGCUGCCCCGGAGAAAGGUGGUUUCGAUGCCAGACCCUUGGUGCGGGGUGUCCAGGGGCGCAGCCUCAGCGUCAAGCUCUCGCCGGCCAGUGCCCCCCGGGCCAUUCCCCCACGCUGGUCCUUCGCCUGCAAGGAGCGUGGCCCACUGGGGGGGCCGGGGGGGCUGGUGGCCUACCUGGAGUCGGGGCGCCGGCCCCGCUGCACCCGCCGCUCCCUGCUCCCACUCGGCACAGGUGGGGAGAGCGGCCCUGACACCCCCCCAGCCCCCAGCCCUGCGCCAGCCAGCCCCCCGAAACAGCCUGGCAAGGGGCAGGAGGAGCCAGGCACCCCCCGAGCCCCCCGCCAGCCCCUCCGUGUGCCCAUGCUGCGGCGAGCCGCCAGCGCUGGUGCUGAGGGGUCCCUGCGCCUGCCCCCCAAAAGCCAGAGCAGCCCAGGGCGGAGCGGGGAGGGGCCGGGGGGGGCUGCGCCACACUGGGCUGCCACGACCGGAGGGGGAUGCGGGUGUCCCCCCAGUCCAGCUGUCCCCCAACCUGGUGGCCAUGGCACGCUCGCAGAGCUCGGCCAGCCUGCCCCGGCGCCCCGAGGGGGGCCUGCAGCGCUCGGCCUCCCUGGGCAGGGGCGUAGGGGGGCCCCACCUGCCCACCCGGGGUCCCCCUGGAGCCACACUGCAGCGGGGACGGCAGCUGGCGGGGUCCCUGCGCCACCCGGCCGUGCCUGAGUCCAGCUUCUGAGCCACGGCCGGCGGGCAUCCCCCCCCCCGGGGCAGCCCGAGCCAUGGGGUCCUGAACUGGGGGCUCCCCAACUGGGGGCUUCUCAACGCAAGGGCCCCUGAAACGGGAUGCCAAACAGGGGCGUCCCAAAGCAGGGUCAUCCCGAACCUGGGGCACCCCGACCUGGGGGGCUUCCAAACCGGGGCAUCCCCAAAGUGGAGGCAUUCAGGUAUCCUGAAGCUGGGUCAUCCCAAACCAGAGGCUCCCACCCCAGGGGCAUCCCAAACUGGGAGCAUCCCAACGCAGGGGUAUCCUGAUCUGGGGGCUCCGAAUCCAGGGGCACCCUGAGCCGGGGGGCAUCCCCGUGCCCUUCCCGGGGAGCAGAUGGGCUGGCACAGGCUCCCCGGCUCUGCGGCGUGAGAGUAUUUAUUGUACCAGGAGAGUUUUAUUCAGAGACGCUUUUUGUUUUCUAAAAGGCGACUAUUUUGGGGGGGCGGGCGGGACCCCCACACCAAGGUCUAUGCAAUACGCGAUUCCUCCAGCCAGCUUUUGUACGUGGGGGCUCCUGCCCCACCGCCGGCGGUUUCUAUUAAAGACACAAGAAAGGA